CUGCUUCAGCGGCCGUGCAGACCAGGAAGCGGCGGUGAAUCGCCCGAAACGCCCGUAAAGGAAGGCGGCUUUUUCGCUCUCCUAUUGCGGGCAAAGGAGCGGAUAGGGAGGCUUGUGGCGGCGGGAGGGGCUCCUGGGAGGGGCGCGAUGGGUGUUGCCUGAACUCUUGGACCAGGCUGGGCAUUUCCGAUCUGCGCAGCAAGAGCCCCCGCCGGCAGCAAGAUGAAGCAAGAGAAUAUUUUCCUCUUCGUUCCCAACCUCAUUGGUUAUGCUCGUAUAAUCUUAGCUUGUAUUGCUUUUUAUUAUAUGCCAACCUCCCCCUCGCUGGCAUCAUUCUUCUACCUAUUUAGUGGCUUCCUCGAUGCCUUUGAUGGCCAUGCUGCCCGGGCUCUUAAUCAAGGCACCCGCUUUGGGGCCAUGCUGGACAUGCUGACUGACCGCUGUACUACCAUGUGUCUGCUGGUGAACCUGGCUAUGCUGUAUCCAGAGUCUGCCGCCUGGUUUCAGCUGAGCAUGAGCCUUGAUGUGGCCUCCCAUUGGCUACAUCUCCACAGGUUCAAGACUUUUGCAUUCCCCUUUCUGUGGAGACAUAAAACUGGGAAGAGGGAGCUGAUGUGGACCUUCCCGUCAGGUUUGAUGGCCAGGGAUUCAUCUUCAGAUCCAGUUCCCUGCUCAGUGGCUAUUCCUGAUACAUAUUUAAAAACAAGUCUGAGGCAUUCACAAGUGCCCUUCUUGGGUUUGUGUUAAAGAUGCAAUUUGUUUCUUAAAUUGGCUUUCAUUACCACUCGCCUUGCUUGGUGUGAACAAGCUUGGCUGAUGCUCAUCUGCCGUCAUUCCUGUAUCAGUGUUUUCCAGAUUCAAGGGCUGUAAUGCACUUUUUAUGGAGCUGCUGCUAAAGGCAGUUCAGGAACUUCAUCUAGGGUAGAGCAUGGCAGGCUAAUGGAAACCAUUUAAUGGUCUCGCCCAUCAUCCAUUUGAGAAGUCUGAAUAAAUUGCUGAUUAGUUUCUCAGCUCAGUUCGAUACUGGAUCUUCCCUCUUAACUCCAUAAUCGCUGCAGUUCAAAUGGUCUGUGGAAAAAAAAUCCUUCUGCAAGAAAAUAAUUUCCCCUCCCACCCCGGCCUGUCUCUUCAGAUCCCACAAAGCGGCUUGAUUCAGUUCCAGUAGAAAUAAAUAUUUUUUCAUUGGAAGAUCAGAUUUACAAGAAACUCUUUAGAUGGUGCAACUAGAUUUUCUCCCAAAUACCUUUUCAAAAGUGAGUUAAGACUUUGUACAAAAGGUACUAAUUAUGGCGUCUUUAUUUUUGUUAGCCCUAUUCUUGACACAUGAUUGGCAAUUUUCUAUCUUUAUACCUACCUGUUAUUUCAUUAUUGGCAUAUACAUUUUGUUUUUAAAAUAGUAAAACUAUCUGAAGCUUUAUAAACACUUUUAGGCAACUCCUAUUAAGUAAAGAAAUAUAAACAAGAUGUAAUUGAUGGGAUACUUCUUACAAGAACAGUCAGACAUCAAGCUUAAAGCACCAAAAUCAAUUCUUAUCUUACAUAAAAUAGUAAGACUAGGAGCUAUGAGUCAUAUGUGGAAGGUCAACAGUACAUACCAUUUCCCCCAAAAUAAGACAUCCCCUGAUAAUAAGCCCAAUCAGGCUUUUGAGCACAUGGCAAUAAGGCCAAGCACUUAUUUCAGGGUUCAAAAAAAUAUAAUAUAGGGUCUUAUUUUCAGGGAAACACUGUAUUAUUAAUUGCUCAUAAAUUGUGUCUUUAUUCAGUAAUUCAAGAUAAUACACACCCCGACUCUAAGCAUAUUCAGUCUAAGGGAUAAAUGAGACAUCAGUUCAUCUUUCAGUGCAAAUUUACUUUCAAAUCAGAAUGUGAAGAAAAACUUAGUUGUUUGUAAAAACAAUUGCCAUUGUACAGUUUUAAAGAUUAUGCCAAAAUGUAUAAAUAAAAGGAAAGAGUUCAUAAAAUGAUACUGAAGAAAAUGAUGUAAUAGAAAAUUAUAUUGUGCAAGAAAAGGAAUCCUUAAAAAAGUAUGCCUAAGGCAAAAUUGUGUUCAAAAAAGUGCACAUUAGAAAAAAAAAAUUGUAUGCCUCUUCAGGUUUUUUGUCUAAGUUCAAAGUGGUGUAGAAAUGGGACACAAAUAAAGAAUUGAAAAUGAGAAGCAAACAGGAAUAAAAAUUGUUGGAUUUAGCCAUCCUUGCCAAAUCUACUUAGCUCGAGUACUGUAUGGUUAUUGCCUUGUGAAUCUACUGUAGAACAUACUAAUUCAGAUGAGAUGAACUCACUUAGUCAAAUGACCAACAAUGCAAAACAUCUGGAAUCUGGUACAAUUUUACUAAAAAUUGUAUCAAGGUGUGUAAGCUUCAUCCAAAACUUAGAAUUUUUUUGAAAUCCCACCUUUACUAUUUUUUCUUAUAAAUAACUCAAGGUGGUGAACAUAUCUAAUACUCCUUCCUCCUCCUAUUUUCUCCACAACAACAACCCUAUGAGAUGGGUAGGGAUGAAAAAGAGUGACUGGCCCAAAAUCACCCAGCUGGCUUUCAUGCCUAAAAUGAGACUAGAACUCUCAGUCUCUGGUGAUUGGCUCAAAGUCAUCCAGUCAGCUUUUGCACAUAAGGCAGGGGUAGAGCUCACUAUCAUCCAACUUCUUGCCAGGUGCCUUAACCACUAGAGCAGGGGUGUUAAACUCACGGCCCACGGGCCAGGUGUGUCAUGCGCUGGCCAUGCCCAUCCUCGUUUUAGCGAAAGGGGGGGAAGUCGCAAUACAUCAUGUGACAACAACAUGAUGCCCAUGAGUUUGACACCCCUGCACUAGAGCAAACAGGAUCUUUUAUUAUUUAUUUAUUUAGCCUUUUAAUAUGUUUGUAAAUCGAAAAGGGUACUACCAGAUUCCAAAUUUUUUGCCACCGCAACUCUUCCUUCAAGAUCCAUUAUAGGCAGUGUAGCAAAGAUCGUCGCAGAUAAUCAGGAAUUAUAAAAGGCAGUUUACAUCUAAUCAAGACAGAGAGACCAUAUACUAUGUUACAGAGCCAUGGCUCAGCAAGAGAUGGGCAGCACAAAAUCAGACAUUGAUCCAAUAUGGAAUACAUGAACUGCAAGUUAACAAUGAAUUCUGGAAUAGGCAGAAAGAUGAGGUUGUUUCAGACUGCCAUUCAUGCCAUCCUCAAAUCAUCAUAAACUCAGAAUCUAGUUUGUAUACCAGAAUGAGCUAGGUUUGGUUAACCAUGGCAUAUUACAUUGCGCUAAAUCAUAAAUAGUAUCUUGCAAAUAACAAUUGCUCUUUAACAAAAUAUAUUCUACAAAAUAAAACAUUCUUUGGGUUAAUGCAGUAUGUGUAUUAAGUGAUGUUUAAGCUAAUGUGAGAUAGUUUCUAACAAAUCCUGUUCAAUCCUUCCUGAUGCCAAAAAAAUUCCAUCCGGAAAUUCUGAAUGCUGCAGCCUGAACACAUCUAGAGGAUGCCAAGAUUGGGAAAGGACUGUAUACCCAUCUACCUAUCCUACAGAAGUCAAUCAGGCUUAUUUCUGAAUUCAACAUUAGAAAAAUAAUCUUGUCAAUGAGCAUGUGCUCCUAUACUUACAAUGUGGUAUUUUAUGCUUUACCUCUGUAUGCAUAUAUACACGCCCUUUUAUAAACAGGCUAAAAAAAAUAACCAGUAUUGCUACAACAAGUAAUUAUAUAGCGUACGUCUCCAGAUGGCACACUCUAGCUAUUUUCUGACAUACCAUAUAAUUAACAUACAAUCACCAACUUCCAAUGCUGGCACAUGAAUGCCAUAACUGAUUCUCUGAUGGACACAAUUUUUCCUUAGAGAAAACCUUCAAACGGGGAAAUUCCCUGUGCAUAAAAAGGCAUACCGACAUACUGAUCAUCUUAUUAGCAGUGUCGCCAGCACACACAAAACAACUAAGCCAUUAUUUAUUUUGUAUUAAUUAGUUGGCACAUAUUAGUGGCACAUGGCCCAGUAGUACAAUUGUCUCUUUUCAUUACUUACACACAUUCAUAUAAAAGAAAUACCUGACCUGUCCCUCUAAACUUUUUGACUGCUCAUCAAAUGGCAAAAGGGUAACCCCAAGGAAAAAACCCUUGCCAAUGCCUCUGUCUUUGUCUGACAAGGCUAACUGGGGAAUUCUGGGAGUUGAAAUCCACAUAUCUUAAAAGUUGCUGAGGUUGAGAAGCACUACAGGAUAAAAGGCAUGCCCAGCCCAAGAUCUUGGUAUUUUCAACCAUCUUUUCUCCUUUAAUCAGAUGCAGUUCUAUAUAUUUUGAAUCCAUCUGUUUUAUUCUCUGAGGCAACCAUAACUCAAGCUUGCAGAGAUUCCUAACAAUAAAGCUACAUUGUUUCAUAGAAAGGCUUAAAAGUGAAUGACAUUUCAGCAAGUCUCUCUUGCACAAGGAAUAGAAAAUGUUUGAGUAUUAAGUUAUGCAAGUUUUCUAAAACCAGAUUAAUUUUUAUCAUCUGGGAUGAAGAACAGGCCCCACAGUCAUUUAGCACAGAAAAAGCACAAUUCUACUUUGGAACAAUUUCUCCUUAUUAGAAAAAAAAACAAACACCUGAUGACAAAGUGGGACUUGUGAUCCUCAAUAUCCUUUCCCCCUUCCCAUUCUCUCUUUUGGCUGGGUUGGUUGCGGUUGGUGUGAGUCCAACCUGUGUACAUGCUUUCCAUCCUAAGCAGAUGCCUGUUUCUCUACUCCUCCAGUGACUGGAAGCCUUCUUGUCUAAAGAAGAUUGGAUGGCUUGUAUUGAUUUCCUUCCCUUUAUGGAUAUAUUCCCAAUAACCACAUCGGUUUUCUCUUUCUUCUGUCCUGAUUUCUGUCUUUUCUCCCAAACAGUCCCAUAACCAUUGUCUAGGCAUUGUACAUAUCUCAGAUUGCUCAACAUCAUCCAGGCACCCAAAUCUCUUGAACCGGCUAUUUCCCUUCUCCCCCACACUCCCCGUCUGCUCUGGAGAGUGAACUCACUUCCACAAACCCUUUGCUUUCACGCCUUUCUUCCCCGUCAUUCAACCCCCUCCCAGAUCUGGCUUCUACCAUGGACAGCUCCUUAGGAGCCUCUCUUACUUGCCACCGCCACCGCCGCCCCGCCACCGCUCCCUUUCUCUCCUUUCUGAUUUACCUCGUGGCUAUUCGCUCUCUCCACCACGUUGAUCCCUCGCGCCUUACUCCGGUCUACAGGCCAUUCGCUAUCCUCCCCACUUUGCUGCCUUCAGAAAAGCCCUGAUGUCACCCUUCCCCUCUCUGUUCUACACAUGCGACUAAGUGUGCGUAGCAUCCUUGCCUUACUCGGCGUCUCAGCCUUCGCUUUCUCCCUUUUCAAGGUAGGGUAAGGGUACGUUAUCUGGAAGACCCCUAACUUGGUCAAAAGCCUUCAUUACCGAGCGCUCCCUCCAUCUGUUUCCAACUUCCUCGCACACCCUCUUCCCGCAUCCCUAGUUCACACCCAUCUUGGAGCAAAAAGAGCCAACCCUGUUCUCCCCCCCACCCCAGCCAUUUCGCCGGGCGGCGCGCGCGCACACACGCACACACACACAGCCGAAUCGACUCUCGUCGCCGAUGUCUCCUCGCCUCCACCAACCCGCCACUUUCCUGUUUCAGCUCCUUCCUCCCACGCACUCUCCCCCACCCCGCCCUUAUACCUGCUGCUCAGUCUUCCUGGUCUCCAGAGGGAACCUCAGCCAAGGAUGGGAUCCACGCCCACCCAGCAUUCCUGACUGCCCCCCGCCCUCAUUUCGCAUCCCGAAACAUUCCUACAAUCUGAUGCUCCCAAGGACGCCCCUCCACCUACCACCGAGCGCCGCACUCCUCUCGCCCACACCCAGCUCACUUCGGUCUUCUUUGGUCUCCCCCGCCCGCUUGCCGCAGCAACCACCGACCUUCUGUUAUAAGGAGAGAUGAGAGGUUUGGGGCGGGGCGAGGGGCAGAGAAAGACUGGACCCAAGCAAGGUCUCCCGUUCUCCUACCUGUGCUUCUGGCUAUGUCCCGUUAGCAGGUGUUGAGGUGGGGUGGACAGAGAGCUGGAAGGAUGGAUCCCCCCCCUUACUCACACAUCACACCCCUCCUUCUUGCUGCUGUAACCCUCCUUUCUCCCCU